ACAACAGGGGUUGAACAUACUCGGUUUCACAAUGGCCAAGUUAGCAAUCGUUGCAUUAUUCGGACUCUUCCUUGUUCCAACUUUGGCAUUCGAUCCAAGGAUUGUCGGUGGAAAAACCGCUUCCGCUGGACAAUUUCCUUAUCAAGUUGCAUUGAAGAGGAGUGGAUCCUUCCUCUGUGGUGGAUCUAUCAUUUCAAGUACUUUCAUCUUAACUGCUGCUCAUUGUGUUGUUGAUGAAAAUAACAAUGUCUACGCCGCAUCACUCUUUACCGUCGUUGCUGGAACCCUUAACUACAAUAGUGGUGGAGUAUCGAAAACUGGCAAGAAGAUCUAUGUCCACGAAAGCUACGGAAACUUCAAAAAUGAUAUUGCACUCAUCGAAUUGAGUUCUGCUUUUACCUUCUCCACCACCAUUCAACCGAUUUCACUUGCCACUUCCGCUCCACCCACUGGUGCUUCCAUUGUCAUCUCUGGUUGGGGACGUUUGACCACCUCAGGAUCCCUCCCAAGUCAACUUCAAUAUAACACUUUGUCAGCUGCUUCCGUCUCUGCUUGCGCAUCCAGUGGUGUUAACUACGGUGGAUUGCUUUGCUUGACUCACUCCUCAGGAAAUGGUGCUUGCAAUGGUGACUCUGGUGGACCAGCUACCUACAAUGGCAAGAUUGUUGGUGUUGCUAACUUCGUUGUUGGAGGCUGUGGAACCUCAUACCCAGAUGGUUAUGCCUUGGUUCCAUAUUUCUACAACUGGAUCGCUGCCGGGGUUAACAUUGGAACAUUACAACAGGGGUUGAACAUACUCGGUUUCACAAUGGCCAAGUUAGCAAUCGUUGCAUUAUUCGGACUCUUCCUUGUUCCAACUUUGGCAUUCGAUCCAAGGAUUGUCGGUGGAAAAACCGCUUCCGCUGGACAAUUUCCUUAUCAAGUUGCAUUGAAGAGGAGUGGAUCCUUCCUCUGUGGUGGAUCUAUCAUUUCAAGUACUUUCAUCUUAACUGCUGCUCAUUGUGUUGUUGAUGAAAAUAACAAUGUCUACGCCGCAUCACUCUUUACCGUCGUUGCUGGAACCCUUAACUACAAUAGUGGUGGAGUAUCGAAAACUGGCAAGAAGAUCUAUGUCCACGAAAGCUACGGAAACUUCAAAAAUGAUAUUGCACUCAUCGAAUUGAGUUCUGCUUUUACCUUCUCCACCACCAUUCAACCGAUUUCACUUGCCACUUCCGCUCCACCCACUGGUGCUUCCAUUGUCAUCUCUGGUUGGGGACGUUUGACCACCUCAGGAUCCCUCCCAAGUCAACUUCAAUAUAACACUUUGUCAGCUGCUUCCGUCUCUGCUUGCGCAUCCAGUGGUGUUAACUACGGUGGAUUGCUUUGCUUGACUCACUCCUCAGGAAAUGGUGCUUGCAAUGGUGACUCUGGUGGACCAGCUACCUACAAUGGCAAGAUUGUUGGUGUUGCUAACUUCGUUGUUGGAGGCUGUGGAACCUCAUACCCAGAUGGUUAUGCCUUGGUUCCAUACUUCUACAAUUGGAUUGCUGCCAGGGUUAACAUAGACGUGAUGGGUUUGAACAAAUUCGGUUUGACAAUGGCCAAGUUAGCAAUCGUAGCGUUAUUCGGACUCUUCCUUGUUCCAGCCUUGGCAUAUGAUCCAAGGAUUGUCGGUGGAAAAGCCGCUUCCUCUGGACAGUUCCCAUACCAAGUUGCAUUGAAGAGGAGUGGAUCUUUCCUUUGUGGUGGAUCCAUCGUUUCAAGUACUUUCAUCUUGACUGCCGCUCACUGUGUUGUUGAUGGAAAUAACAAACCCUAUUCUGCAUCAACCUACACUGUCAUUGCUGGAACCACUAACUACAAUAGUGGUGGAGUAUCCAAGACUGGCAAGACGAUCUACGUCCACGAGAGCUAUGGCAACUUCAAAAAUGACAUUGCCCUCAUCGAAUUGAGUUCUGCUUUCACCUUCUCCAACACCAUCCAACCAAUUUCUCUUGCCACUUCUGCUCCACCAACUGGUGCUUCCAUUGUCAUCUCUGGAUGGGGACGUCUCUCCACUUCAGGAUCCCUUCCAAGUCAACUUCAAUAUAACACUUUGUCAGCUGCUUCCGUCUCUGCUUGCGCAUCCAGUGGUGUUAACUACGGUGGAUUGCUUUGCUUGGCUCAUUCAUCAGGACACGGUGCUUGCAACGGUGACUCUGGUGGCCCAGCUACCUACAAUGGCAAGAUCGUUGGUGUUGCUAACUUCGUUGUUGGAGGCUGCGGAACCUCGUAUCCAGAUGGUUAUGCCAUGGUUUCCUACUUCCACAGCUGGAUUACCGCCAGGGUUAAGUAAUUCUAAUAAUACAAAAAUCAAUAAAUGUCCUGAGCAAUAAA